AUGCAACAACAACAGUUGGAGAAGGGAGCCGAGCAGUCGAUGCAGGUCGAUGAGUUUGAUGCCGUGAAGGCAUUGGUCGACUUUAGAUUCUCAGUGGGCUCGGCCACCAGCGAUGAAGUGGCCAUCGUAUCAUUCAACGAGCUGUCACUGUCGUCGUCAUACUCAAACAACUCGUCGGCGUCGUCAUCAGUAUCGUCGUCAACAUUCUCGUCGACAUCAUUCUCGUCCACCUCGUACAACUCAUCGUCGUCGACCGCCUCGCCGUCGUGCUCAUCAUUCUCGCACAAUGUGCUCAAUCACAUCGACAGUCGAUAUCAGCAUCAUCGUAUUCGCGACAACCCCCUGGCGGCAUCAUGUGAUGGAGUCGACUUCUCCACAUUCAUCUCUCAGAACUAUGUACAUAAGAAGAAGAAUAGUAUCAAUAGCAGUGGAGGCAUACUCAACCCCAAUGUCAGUGUCAAUGGCAGUGGCAAUGGUAGUGGCAGCGGCAACAAUAGCAAUGGGGGGAGCAGCACGAGCACUCCCAUCAUUGUGGGACAGAGCGUCAAUGGUAGUGGCGGCGUGGUGAGCGGCACUAGUAGCCCCACCAACAGCGCGUUCAUCACUUCAUCAAACUCAUCAUCGUUCUCCAACUCCAACUCAAACUCCAAUGCCAACUCAAACUCCAACUCCAACUCGGCCCCGACCACGCCAACACUCACACUGAUCUGGAAGCAAAAGAGACGAGGACCCAAAGCCAAGCAGGUGAAGGCCGACGAGGACAAGCUACCUUGUCGCCACGAGAUCCACAAGUUCCUGGGCGAGACCGACCGCUUCCUCUACAACGUCAAGCAGUCUCGAUGUCGACACGAGAUGACGCCUCACCGAUGUCACGAGGAGGGUCUGGUGUGUCUACCGUGCGAUCGCUCGCUGCGAGUCGAGCGCACACCCGAUGGCAAGCGACGUAUCAAGGAGACACGUGUCAAGUGUCGGUUCGAUGGCUGCGACGUGCUCGUCACCCUAUCCAAUCGUUCGGUGCACGAGAGACGACAUCUGGAGCAACAGCAACUGCUGCUUCAACAGCAGCAACAACAACAACAGCUGUCACCCGAGCAACAACAACAACAACUUCUCCAAUUGGAACAACAACAUCAUCAACAAUAUCAACAGCAUCAACAACAACAUCUCCAGCUACAACUCCAACAACAACAACUACAACAACAGAAACAUCAUCAUCACCAUCAACAUCAUCAACAUGCACCUCAACAACAACAACAACAACAACAACUGCAACAAUACCAACAACUGUUGGCAGCCAAAGAAGUAUUAAUGGAUGAAACAACUGCAUAA